AUGGCGACGAGAUCAACUGCGCAAGAAGAAAUGUUAUCAACACAAGAAAAGUUAAUCCUCACUGGACAAUUUAUCAAGCUAUACUGGAAAAUAUUGUUUGCUAUAACCUGGGGUUUGAUACUGAUCCCACCUCUGCUCGUCCAUAAUUAUCCGGAAACUAGAUGCGCCUACGCUGUAUUAGUGAUGGCUGGAUAUUGGAUCACUGAAUGUUUCCCCAUGGCAGUUACCUCGUUGAUUCCACUGGUGUUAUUCCCAAUAUUUGGAAUAUUAAGCACAGCAGAUACUUGUGCUUGUUACAUGAACGACACUAUAAUGGUGUUCAUAGGAGGUUUGGUUCUUGCUGUCGCAAUUGAACACAGUAAACUACAUCUACGAAUCGCCCUUGGGGUGAUGAGAACAGUUGGCUGUACUCAUGGAAAAUUACUUGGCGGUCUUUGUGUUGUAACUACUUUCAUAUCCAUGUGGGUUUCAAAUACUGCAGCAACUGCCAUGAUGGUGCCGAUCAUAUUUGCGGUUUUGAAUGAAUUAGAACAGGUGCGAUAUCUAAUUUUGUUCUCUUCUCUUUUUAAUUCUCUUCUUGUGUUACUUAUCAUGUUCUUUUCAGGCUGGACUCUGCCACGUCUUCGAGGAGAUACCGGUUCCUCCAGGAUCAACGGACCCACCGUAAGAUAUGGAACGUCUGAUUCUAACAUUACACAUCGUAGGGAACGGAAACCGACCAAGGUAACGAAAGCUUAUUUAAUGGCCGCAGCGUACUGUGCAACUUUCGGAGGUACAGGAACGCUCGUAGGCACCGGAACUAAUCUCACUUUCAAGGGUAUUUUUGAAAGCACAUUUCCUGAAUCCGAGGGCAUUAGUUUCACGCAGUGGAUGAUAGCACAAAUGCCACAAAUGAUUAUUAAUGUCUUUUUAACGUGGAUUUACCUUCAGCUAAUGUUCAUGGGUUUAUUUAGACCCCAUAGCAAAGAUGCACAGAUAGCGAAUAUUGGAACCGAAGGAGAAACGGUUACUAAUCAAGUGAUACAGGAAAGAUACAAAGAACUAGGUGGCAUUACGUUUCACGAGGCAGCAGUUGCCGUCCUUUUUAUUACCUGUAUAUUUUUAUGGUUAUUCCGAAAACCAGGCUUCGUACGAGGAUGGUCUGAAGCAAUAACAGAAAUAGAUGUUCGAGAUUCAACGCCUGUCAUAUUCAUAUCUAUCAUGAUGUUUUUCAUUCCGAAAGAUUUGGAUUUUCUUCGUAGCUACAACAAAGACCCCGGUGAGAGACCCGUCAAAUCUUCAGAAGGUUUGGUCACAUGGGACGUGAUCCAAAGAAAGAUGCCUUGGAGUUUAAUGUUCCUUUUGGGCGGUGGAUUCGCGAUAUCCAGAGGCAGCAUUGCUUCCGGUUUAGCAAGGAAGGUCGGUGAGACGUUGGUGCCGCUACGAUACUUUCCCCCUGUAUUGAUCAUGCUGUUUGUUUGUUUGUUUAUUGGCACUAUUACGGAGUUCACUUCCAAUGUCGGUAUCGCAAACAUUACUUUACCAGUCGUUGCACAAAUGUGUGUUGCAAUGGAGAUACAUCCCAUAUAUUUAAUGAUACCAGCAGCUAUAUCGUGUUCUUACUCUUUUCGAUUACCAGUUGGUACACCCCCAAAUGCAAUCAUAGCAGCCGUCGGGCACAUUCCAACCAACUGGCUAAUGAUAGGAGGUUGCGGUCCUUCUAUAUUCUCUCUCAUAGUAAAUGUCGCUUGCUUUGCUAUAUGGGGUACUAUAAUUUAUGAUGUCAAAGAAUUUCCCGACUGGGCUAAAAGCAAUCACCCAGCCAAAGGAAACCCAUGAAAUCGUAUAUUUCAUUCUUUCCUUUUUUGUUCUGUCUUUUCUCUCAGUUCUCCUAUGCUUGUAACAUAUAUCGUGUUUCGUUCAUUUCUCUGUUAAAUAAAUGUACACUGAUUAACUGUGUCUAAUUGCCAAAUUAAAAUAUUAUUCAUAAUUGAACGUAAUAGACUCUGUGUGGGAUAUGACACAGUAUAUACGUGAAUGUGUAUAUAAUUAAAUAAUAAUCGCCCAAAAUACAAUCACAGAUCUAUAUAAUUUCGAUUAGUAAACCAAUUAGAUUUUGACUACUAUUCAUGUAUCAAAAUUUAAUAUAAACUUUAUUAUAAAUAUAAUUUAUAAAUAUAUAUAUAUAUAACAUUUAUACCGCAAUGCAUCAAUGUAACGAUUAUGUUGGCUGCGUCUUUAACACGGAUGAUUAUUACGUUGGCUGCAUCUUUGAUACGGAUGAUUCAAUCUUUUUUGGACUCGAAUUAAUUUCUUGCUGUUCUAAU